AUGACUCCAUCAACUCUCUCUCAACGCGCCUAUCGUGAGGCUGAUAUACAUCUCGCAAUAUCAGCUCUUAAUACAAAUCAAAUUCAGACUGAGCGAAAUGCUCCAAGCACGUUUAAUAUCUCUCGAGCAACGCUCCAUCGCCGACGCGCUGGGAAGCCUACACGACGCGAUUGCCAGCCCAACUCAAAGAAGCUCGCUCUGCUUGAAGAGGAGGUGAUAAUCAGCCAUAUACUCGAUCUAGAUCAACGUGGAUUUGCGCCUACGUACGCUGCUGUACGUGAUAUGGCCGAUAAACUACUGGCUGCGCGCGGCGCUGGUCAGGUCGGCGUCCACUGGCCGCGCAACUUUGUUAAGCGUACAGACAGUCUUACAACGCGUUUCAAUCGAGCGUACGAUAGACAGAGAGCCCUAUGUGAGGAUUCAGUCCUAGUCAGCUCCUGGUUCAAGCUUGUAGAGGAGACAAAGGCUAAGUACGGCAUCUGCGAUGAGGACGUCUACAACUUUGACGAAGCUGGCUUCAGGAUGGGCAAGAUCACGACUCAGCUCGUCGUGACAGGGUCAGAGAGGAGAGGCAGGCCAAAGGCUAUCCAGCCUGGUAAUCGCGAGUGGGUAACGUUGAUCGCUGCGAUCAACGCAGCUGGCUGGUCAAUCCCACCGUUCCUUAUCUUUGCUGGCCAGUAUCACCUGUCUGCCUGGUACGAGGAAGAUAUCCCACGCGACUGGGCGAUCGCAGUCAGCGACAACGGCUGGACGACCAACAAGCUAGGAGUUGAGUGGCUGAAGCACUUCAACGCCUACACGAAGGCUCGUGUUGUAGGUGCGCGUCGCCUGCUUAUCCUUGACGGCCAUGAGAGCCACCAAUCCCUUGAGUUUCAAGAGCUCUGCAAGGAGAACAACAUCUACACACUCUGUAUGCCACCUCACUCAUCUCACCUGCUCCAGCCUCUUGACGUUGGCUGCUUCUCGCCAUUGAAGCGCGCGUACAGUCGUGAGGUGGAGAGCCUGAUCCGCCACCACAUCAACCACAUUACAAAGCUCGAGUUUCUGCCAGCGUUUAAGGCAGCGUUUAAUCGAACGUUCACGUCAGCCAAUAUCUGCUCAGCUUUCCGCGGCGCAGGCCUUGUUCCUCUCCAGCCAGACACUGUCCUCUCGAAGCUAGACGUGCAGCUCCGUACGCCUACUCCAGCUGCUCUACCAGAGGCUCCCUGGGAGGCUCGUACGCCGAGCAACGUACGUGAGCUUGAGGCUCAAUCAACGUUAAUACGUGAGCGCGUACGCCGGCAUAAGAGCUCAUCACCAGCUUCGAUCAUUGAAGCGAUUAACCAGCUCAAAAAGGGCGCUGAGGUGAUGAUGCUCUCAGCUGAGCUAAUGCGCGAUCGGAUCACCAGCCUUGAGAGAGCCAACGAAGCAGCGAGCAAGCGUAGGCAGCGCAAAAAGAAGCGGAUACAGAAGCGUGGGACCUUAACAAAGGGAGAAGGAGAGGAUAUACUAGCUCAAAAGGAGGCUGACCUACAGAUUGAGCGUGAACAGCGUCAAGGUGGAGAGCGAUCAGGCCUUAGCCGCCAGGCUCUUGCGCGCUGCACAAGGUGCAGAGAGACUGGGCAUAACUCACGUACGUGUAAAAAGGAUAGUUAG